AUGAAGGAAUCCGCGGAAAGUCAGAACCACAGAGCAAGACUUUGCCAUUUAAAAUUGUGGCCGAAUUUCAGUGGAUAUGGCUUCAGUCUAAGAACAGAUUCUUUCAAACAUGAACACAAAGUUGAAAACGUUGAGCCUCUUUCACCCAGUGAAUCAGGUGGUCUACUCAAUGGAGAUUUAAUUCUAAUGGUGAACAAAAAAACUGUAGAUCGUCUCUCACACACGGAUGUUGUGAAAGUUAUCAAAGAACGAUCCGACGUAGAAAUGCUGGUUGUGCAACCGAAGGACUUGGCAUAUUUUCGAAAAUUCUCUGAUGUAAUCAGUGCUGCAAUUAAGGAUCCCAUACUGUGUGAAACUUCAGAAGAGGACUUAAAUAAACUUACUAAUGCUGAAAAACACUUAGUCAAGGCAGAUUCGGAUACAAUGAAUGAAAUUUAUCAACGUCAACGUUGUCUAUUAAAAGCAAAUGAAAUAGCGAAUCGUCUGCAACGCCAUGGUGGUUUUGGUGACGGUACUGUUAAAAACGGAUUUCAACCGAAUACUGAAAACAUAUCCUUCAACUUGAUUUACGAAGAGAAUACUCACAAAUGGCACUGA